UGAUGCACCCCAUGGAGAUGAUGGUGAUGAUGAAGCUUCUCCCAGUCCUGUGUGCUGUGGUGCCCUCAGUUACCUUCUGGCUCGUGGAAGCAGAAGUUGUUAAAGUUGACUCUUUCAAGAACACUCAGUGUAAGGAGUUCUUCUACAAGGACAAGGAGCCAUCUGGCAUUGAGGACUCCAGUUACACCAGGAUCUGCCAGCACUACCGCGGCCAGGCUUACUUCGCAUCGCUCUACGACAAGAGCAGGCGCAUCCCGUUGUACUCGGCCAGCAAGUUCAAGUUCAGCAUCACGAAUGAAAAAUGCAAGAAAGGCAAAAUUGACUCCAAGUGGAAGUACGAGCCACAGCUGGCUGAUCCAAGUAAACACGGUGACAUGUUGGACAUCGAUGACAAUGUGAAAAAGGACACAAAAAUUAAAGAAAGCCAACCAGUAGAGAUCGAGUACUACAACCACACGUACUACAACACAAAGUACACCAGAGUGUAUUUAACUCCCCCAGAAUACCAGACGAGCACCUGCAGCCAAAGUGCGACCUACACUCUGACCAACGCGCCACCUAUCCCCGCCGACUUUGAGACCACAUGGGCGGACAUCAUUAAAGGGAUCAAGAUGGAGUUAAAUGAAAGCUGCUAUUUGGUCCAUGGAGCCAUUCCCUACAAGGAAGGCAAGUGGAUUCCAGACAAGAAACACGAGCGAGUGGCUGUCCCAGAGCUCAUAUGGAUGGCCUACUGCUGCCCGGGUAUCCAGAAAGUGUUUCUCGGCCACAGUGAUGGUGAGGAAACAAUCAACUUUGAAGUGGCCAACAAGACGUUAAAGUUGAAACGCAGAGAAGUAAUUGAGAUUCUACUGCCGGAGCUGACUGCCAUCCUGCAAACUAAUUUGAAUUUCAUGGUCGGGAUUUUCAAAAAUGACUGUAAAAAGAGUGAGGGGUGGGUGUAG